CUCAACGGAGGAAAUGGCCAUGCACAGCACACCGCGGUGCACCUACCUAGGGCUACCGUCCUCCACCUGCCAACUCCCCUCACUUUAACGCUAAUCUCCAAAAGAAAAAAAGGCCAAAGGCGAAGAAGCUGGACUGCAAGCCACCUCGCACACUCCCUCCCACUGUCCCACAGUGCUCACUGGUUGGUUGAUGAUAAAAACCUCCAACACGAUAAGAAUCUCAAGCCAUCCUCCGUAGCUCACCAAAGCCUCCUCCUCCUCCUCCUCCCCUCCUCCCGUCGUUCGUUCCCAGCGGUUUCCUCCACGGCUCCACCACCCCGAACCGAAGCCAAAAAACAAGUAGCCAGGCAAGGCAACCAAGCAAAGCGCACGCCAAAGCAAGGGCCUUUGCCUCGAACCCUGGGCGACCCACGAGCCCCCACCACCACCGCUUUCGCCAGAGCCGCAGGCAGGCGCAAACCACGUACGUAUAUGGCGCCGGCGCCGGCGGACGGGGUGGCCUCGGACGAGCCGGUUCACAAGGGGCGGACCAACUCCAUCCUGCUCCCCAUCCUCGGCGUCCUCUUCGCCUACCUGCUCUACCGCUACCUCCGCCCGCGCCUCCGCGGCCUCCGCCUCGACCGCCUCCCGUUCCGCGUCCCGGACUGCCUCCGCCGUGGCAAUGCCGCCCGGAGCACCCUGCUGCCCUACUUCGCGCCGAUCGCCGACCGCCUCGGCGCGCUGCAGCCGUACCUCGGCCCCUUCGCCGACCGGCUCGGGGUCGGCCCGCACGCCCACGGCGGCGCCGACGCGCUCGUCAAGUUCCCCGGCGGCGAGGGCCUCUCGGUUGCCGCCAUCCUCGAGGCACCCGGGGAGGUGGUGGCCAAGUCGUCGCACAGCACGCUGUACCGCGCCGCGAUGCGCUCCGGGGAGACGGCCGUGCUGCUCCGGUUCGUCCGGCCCGCGUGCGCCGUGAGCGCCGACGAGGCCGCCGCCGCCGCGCGCCGGAUCGGCGCGGUGAGCCACCCGAACCUCGUGCCGCUCCGCGCGGUCUACGUCGGGCCGAGGGGCGAGAAGCUGCUCGUGCACCCCUUCUACGCCGCCGGCUCGCUCCACCGCUUCUUGCAAGAGGGGAUCGCCGACUCGCAGAGAUGGAACCUAAUCUGCAAGCUCUCCGUCUGCAUCGCCAAGGGGCUCGACCACCUUCACACAGGGAUGGAGAAGCCGAUCAUCCACGGCAACCUCAAGACGAGCAACGUCCUCCUUGACGCCAGCUACGAGUGCAGGGUCUCGGACUACGGCCUCUACCUCCUGCUGAACCCCGGCGGCGCCCAGGAGAUGCUGGACGCGUCCGCGGCGCAGGGGUACAAGGCGCCGGAGCUGACCAAGAUGAGGGACGCCACCAGGGAGAGCGACGUCUACAGCCUGGGGGUGGUGCUGCUCGAGAUGCUCGCGCAGAAGGAGCCGGCCGGCGACGACCGCACGCCCAGCUCCCGCGACAUCUUCUUGCCGGCGUCCUUCAAGAACCUGGUCCUCGAGAGGAAGAUCUCCGACGCGUUCAACUCGGACCUCGUCAGGCAGAGCAAGAAGUCGGGCAACGAGAAGAAGCUGAACGCCUUCUUCGAGCUGGCCACGGCCUGCUGUAGCCCUUCACCGUCGCUGAGGCCCAACACCAAGGACAUACUCAGAAGGCUUGAGGACAUAGCAAAAUGAGUACUUAAUUAAGUUCACCGGAUUGCUAUACUCUGUCAGCAUUCAGACGUAGCACGAGACAGGGCUGAAGGAACGCUGAACUUGUGCUGGACAGACAAUUGGAGACCGGAGUCACGGUUCAGAUGUCAUGGAAUGUGUAUAGUCAGAGCGUAAACGCAGUGGGUAUCAUCGUCUCAGCGUAUGCAGACGGGGUUCGUCAACUUUAGUUCAGUGAGGUCACUCGAUCGUCUGUAAUUUUCUUGUGCUUUAGUUGAAACCGAUCAUGUACAAAGUGUUGAAAGAGUGAGAAAAGGCGUGUGCUGCAUUUGCAUUUUCAUGCAUCAAAA